UUCACGACGGUUGUGUAUUUUAUAGUUAAAGACAAAAAAUAAUAUAUAUUUUUUGUUAUACCAUUUUCAUAUCGCUGAGCAGCGAUUUUUUUCGUUUGAAAUUGUAAUUUUCCUCAGCAUUUACAAAAAAGAAAAAAAAAUCCAAAGAAAAUCAAAACCAUCGUGUUUAUUUUAAAUAAUUAUAAAGUGAUCAAUAUUCUCACGCGACAAAUAAACAAACAACUCUCAAAGCAAGACACGUAUAAAUCGAAAUUAAUUGCAUGACAAAACGAACAAAAGACAACAGAGUCAAAUCAAAAGAGUGUGUGGUCCAGUGUGGAAAAUAUAGCGACGUACGGGAACGACGGAAAGAGAGGGAGUGACAGCGGGAAAAAAACGAGAGUAAAUCAUUAUAACGUUUCAAGAGGUGUGAAAGUGAAGGUUUCCUGUUCGUAAUUCCAAUAAAAAAAACACAGACAUUGUCGAUCGAGAGAGUUUAAGAAACAUCCAUCGAAAUAAUCAAAAACGUAACUAUUUCGAAAAUAAACGCGUACAAAUCGAAAUAUAAAUUAAUAGCAAUAACACAACGACAAAAAGACACACAAAAAAAAACGAUUCGUAAAUAUCAACUGAAUUGAAAGAAGAAAAAAAAAACAGUAAAAAGAGAGAAACGAAAAAAGAACAUAGCUUGAGAGCUAAACAAAGCAAACAAAGCACCCAGAUUAAACAAAUCGUCGUAAUAAUCGACAUCCAAUAAAUAAUCAAAUAAAUUGAAAAUUCGCCGGGGCGAUAUCGGGAAAUAGUGUUUCGCGCGCCUUUGCUUAAGCAAAGAUGAAGGCCUUAAUGGCCAUCGGUUUGUUUGUGUGUGUAUGGUUUUGUGCAUUUCAUAGUAGUGUAUUUGUGGUCUGCACGCCACCAGUUCGACCGGGCACAUCGGGCAAUCCAUCACCGAGAUUGCCACGAACCAGCGCUAGUCAAUUAUCACAGCUAAACAAUGGCACCGGCACGAAAUCACCAUCCACACGAAACGCUCAAAUUCAACGCAAUGGAAAUUUACGCAUCAGAGAACAACAAUUGCUGAAUGUAUUCGAGGUGGUUGUGUCAACGCUGGAAGGAAAGCUACAGCGCAUCGAUAAUUUGGAUAAAGCCGUUGAACAUUUGAUGCGUCGUGUCGAACAGCUUGAUAAUCGAGUUGGUGAUAAUAUUCACAAAACUGACUCAGUCAUAUCAAAACUUCGAAAUUUGGACAAUAAAAUCUCCAUGGACACAAAUUCAAAUGAUGAUGUGUCAAAUGUAGGUGCUGGCGGCAGUCGAGGGAAUGGUAGUGUUGGUGGUGCAAACAGUAAAUUUAAAAUAUCGGCAAAUGUUCUUGAUUCUCGUUUGGUGGCGCUUGAUCGUAAGGUGAGCGACAUCGAUGUGAAAUUGGAAGGAUUAAAAAGUCAAAUUGAUAAUAAUUUCUUGGCCGUCGACGACAUUGGUGCUGAGGCAAGUGAAAAGAAACCGAUCAGUAUGAAUGUAUUGGAAAUAACAAAAAAUAUGAAUGCCGAAGUGAUAAAUCAUGUGUCAAAUGAAUUAGGUGAUUUGCGUUCGACCACAGAAAGUAUGGAUAAAAAAUUACAAUUUCACAUAAAUAUUGUGUCAGAGAAUAUUGGACGUGUGCUUAAAAUGAUUGGUGAUAUUCAUGAAGCUGUUGUUGAUCAUCACGUUGAUCCUCAUUAUUAUCAACAUAAUGCAACCACAACACAAGCGCCAAUAAUAAAAUCGAGUAAAAUCGAUGCGCUUGUCAAGCAAAUAAAGCCAAUAAUGAGUGUUUCGGAGAAAAUGGAUGAAGUUUGGGAUGUGGUGGUUGGUACAAAAACAUCGGUUGAUGAUUUAGUGCCAAAAAGUGAUGAACUAUUGACACAAACACAACGACAAGAACGUGCAAUCGGUGAAAUUCAUCAAGAUUUAAAGACAAAGGCCAAUUUAAUUAUAAACAAUUUGAAUGUGGUGGAAAAACGAUUGAAGAAACAAGAGAAUGACGUUGCCGCACUCGCUCAGCGUCCCGUUCCAGCCGAACUUCUGAUGGAUCCAACCAUCGAUCGUCUUGUUGAAUAUGAUCCGAACAGAUAUUCAUUGAUCGAAGAAUUCACGGAACCGGCACCAAUUCAAACGACAACCGCAUCUGUGGCCGCUCAAACAUCAUCAUCACCAUCAAAUCAAACAACAUCCACAUCAACAUCGACCAGCAACGUUCAAAAUACCGUUCAAUCAAAUACGAUACCAACGAGCGCAUUUAAUGUGAGCACAAACAAAGCAACAUCCCGGAAAGGUGGUAUUAUAUUCCCAAGCGUGAAAAACAAACCAUCUGUCGGCAAUUCAACAUUUACCACUGACAUUUUAAGCUUCAAAGAUGUUAAGGGUUUCUCGUGCGUUGACUUGCAGAAUGCUGGAAUGCGCCAAUCGGGCGUUUAUUAUUUGCAAAUUCGUGGAACAACAUAUUGGUUUUUGAAAGUCUAUUGCGAACAGGAUAUUGCUGAUGGCGGUUGGACGGUAAUUCAACGGCGUGAUGACUUUGGCGAACCGCGUGAAAAUUUCAAUCGUGAUUGGUCCGAUUAUAAAAACGGUUUCGGUGAUCCGGCCAAAGAAUUUUGGCUGGGCAACGAAAACAUUUAUAUGCUUACCAACAAUGAAGACUAUUCGCUGAGAGUCGAACUUGAAGAUUUCGAAGGCAACAAACGUUAUGCUCAAUAUUCACACUUCAAAAUCUAUUCGGAGGCCGAUUACUAUAAACUCGAAAUUGAUGGAUACGAAGGUAAUGCUGGCGAUUCAUUGAACGAUCCAUGGUAUGGUUCGAAUAAUAGCCCAUUCUCAACGUAUAAUCGCGACAACGAUCGAAGCUCAUUGAAUUGUGCCAGCAUGCUCAAGGGUGGCUGGUGGUGGAAAUCAUGCGGUCGCGGUUUGAAUGGUUUGUAUUUGCAUGAUCCGCAAGAUUUGACCGCACGUCAAGGUAUCGUAUGGUUCCGUUGGCGCGGCUGGGAUUAUACAUUGAAAAAAGCCACAAUGAUGAUUCGGCCUAAAGGCUUAGGUUCAGGUGCCACUGCACCAUUGCCAUCAAGUUCAUCAUCUUCAUCGCAAUCAGCUGCAGCAUCUUCUUCGUCUUCUUCUGCAUCUUCUUCAUCAUCGUCUGGAUCUGCCAGUCAACAGUCAUCCACGACAACGGUAUUCGUGUCAGCGACGACAUGAGCUGCACACGAAUAAGUCUUUAAAAAACAAACACAAACAAACACACACACAAACACAAAAACAUUGAUCCAUUGAUCCUACUAUAGUCUUUCUUCACGAUAUAAAAAAAAAAUAAAUGGGCAAACUUUUGUUAAAUGACUGAACGCCGAUUUGUUGGCGUGCGUUUAACAAAUGUUUGUCGAUUUUGUAUUUUAGUUAAUUUAUGUAGCAAAAGAGACCCUCUUCCCUAUAUGAGUCAUACAAGAUCCAUUCAACAAAAUGUGCUCGAAUUUCUCCAAAUCAGAGAAAUCCACCAAAUACCUAGUUAUUCCUUUUACAUACACACACAUACAUGCUGCAAUACCCUUUACCUGAAUAUACAAAACACCCCCCACCCACAACAAUAACUAUAUAUUACAACGUGAAAAUAAAAGAAGAACAAUGAACCAACCAACUAUUUAAUAAGUUAAUUUAAAAGAAAGAACAAGAAAAAAUGAAUUAAAAAAAGCGAAACUCGAAAAACGACAAACAUCACAAACAGAAUGGCAUCAUCUUUGAUUAGAACUGAAUUUUUAAGUGAUGCAUAAUGUUUGUUGCUAUCAGUAAACCAAUUCUCGUUUCAGUCUUAGAUGAAACACAACAUUUCAAAAUUAAAAUUCCAUACACGUAUGCACACAUUUUUCGGUCGCAAAAUGUAAGAACAAAAGUGAAAUACUUUUGAACAAAAAAAAAAUCCGUCCGUUUAAUCUUCCGAGACACGGUGUGAGCGUGAAGAUGGUCACCAACAAAAAAGGUUCGCACAUAAAAUAAGAUAAAUUUCGUACAAACACUGAUUACACCAGGCUCUCUAUCAAUUUCGAUUAAUUCUCUUUUCCCCAAUUGUGUUCUUCGUCAUGUUCGGCUGAUUUUUUUUAGUUUGUCGCCUAAAAGAAGCUGACGAACAUCUCUGUGUAUGUUUCAAUGUUGUUCUUUGAUUUCAGUCUUGCCAAAAAUAUGUUUCGCUGAAAAUGAAAAUGUCUUAAGAGAUCUCACCUCCUAUUUGCUCCAACGUAAAUUUUCUAGAGCGAAAAGAGCAUCUAGCAAACAUAGCUGAUAUUUUAGUGACUCGUGAAACGGCGACCAAAAUACAGUUCUAUGCGAAUCUUUUUUGGCCGUGCGCCUUCAGGUGACCAUAAUAUCAGCGCAAGCAGGGUGGUAAAAUUCCUUGAGUCAUUUUCUUCAGCUAUACAUAGUCAAUUUAUUGUCGCAAAUUUUCGAUCGAAAAUUUGAUAAAUGUAACGAAAAAUUAUACACACCCGAAAUAAACUCCUCGUCCCCUUUCACACCUGUGAAAAACUGAAAAUGACACGGAACUUAUUCAAACCGUUCUUUCACUCUCAAUUCCGGAGAAACAUUUCGAGUGCAACGAAAAUAUACGAGACGUGAAAUCAUUAAGUCCAUUGACCCAUUCCCAUGAAGGUGUGUCGCUUUUUUUUCGGAGAGCUUGCAAGAGCUUUUCCCUAAGAUUUUGUGCAAAAGACAAAAACCAUCAACAACAGCAAACAAAAAUACGAGAAAAAAAACCGAUUAUGAAGAAAUUUGCCUAAUUGUACUCAUUCACGUCAUGUAAAUUAUUUUAUUCAUUAUUCAUUAGAUAAAUUUAGAUUUUAAACGAGAAAAAAGAGCGAACUUGUUCAGAUGAAUAAAC